AUGGCUCCGAAGCAGGCCACUCUCGGAAAGUUCUUCGGGAAACCCAACGGCGACGCAGCGAAGCAACAGUCCAAACUCUCCUUCUCCACGAGGCCGAAGCCUGCAAAGAAAGACGUAGAGGCCAAAGAGGAACCUAAGUCAUCGCCAGAAGAGGUGAAGAAAGAAGAGAAUGACGAUGUCGAUUCAGACGCAGACGUCAGGGCACCUGCCAAGGAGAAGGUAGAGACGGAUGACGACGCGAUGGAAGUCGACAGUACAACCUCCGAAACUGGAAAGAAGAGGCAAAUAAAAGAAGAGGAAGAGGAGGAGUCCGAAGAAGAACCCCCAACAAAACGACAACGGAGAAAGCCAGCGCAGGAGAAGGAAAAGCCAAAGAAGGCAGCUGCGAAGCCAAAGGCAGACAAAGCACCAGCAAAGUCGAAGAAGGCGGCUGCUAAACCGAAAGCUGCAACACCAGAGGACGACGACGAGGAAGUGUCAGCACCGGCGAAGGUCGCGAAGGGCAAGAAGAAAGAGGCGAAAUCGUCACCUGUACCCGAGGAUGAUGCCGACUCAAACAAGGAAGAAGAAGAGAUUGUGAGCUCCGAGGAGGAGCCAGAAGAGGUCAAGACCAAGGCGAGGAAGAAGGUUCAGACAACGCUUUCGUCCAACACCAAGGACCCAUAUCCUGACUGGAAACCGGGUGAGCCAGUGCCAUACGCCGCACUCUGCACAACGUUUUCAAAGAUCGAAAUGACGACGAAGCGCCUGGAGAUUCUCGCCCACUGCUCGCUCUUCCUCCGCCAAGUCUUGCGACUGACACCAUCUGACAUGCUCCCAACCGUCAUGCUCAUGGUGAACAAGCUCGCAGCUGACUACGCAGGCAUCGAGCUUGGCAUCGGCGAGUCUCUGAUCAUGAAGGCUGUCUCCGAGAGUACUGGCCGAAACCUACAACAGAUCAAGAGCGACCAGAACGAGAUUGGUGAUCUUGGACUUGUUGCAGCGAAGAGUCGAUCCAAACAGCCUACCAUGUUCAAGCCCAAGGCUUUGACAAUAGAAGGCGUACGCAAGGGCCUCAUGGGGAUUGCUACUGUUGAAGGACAAGGUGCUCAAGGACGAAAGGUGGACGGUAUCAAGAAGCUCUUAUCUGCAGCUGAUGCGCACAACUCUGGCAAGCACGUUGACAUUGAAAAGGACAAGGGUGGACCUAGCGAAGCCAAGUUCAUCGUCCGGACACUAGAGGGAAAGCUUCGAUUGGGUCUUGCUGAGAAGACUGUGGUGGUCGCUGUCGCGCAAGCUAUGAUAUUCCACGAGAUGUCCCAGAAGGGCAAGACGCCAUCGACUGAAGACUUGGCAAAGGCCGAGGCUACGCUGAAGACAGUCUACAGUGAGCUUCCCAGCUACGAAGUGAUCAUACCCGCUAUGCUUGAGCACGGUAUCAUGAACCUACGAGAGAACUGUCGCCUACAGCCUGGUGUACCGCUCAAACCUAUGCUUGCCAAACCAACAAAGUCAAUCACAGAAGUUUUGGAUCGUUUUGAAGGCAAGGACUUCACAUGCGAGUACAAAUACGACGGCGAGCGUGCCCAAAUACACUUUGUCUCUCACGACGCAAAAAUGGAGCUGGCGACUGCGGCUCCUACAGCCGGCAAGAGCGACCGCGGUGUUUCAAACAUCUUCUCACGAAACUCGGAAGACCUGUCCAAAAAGUACCCUGAUAUCCUGGCCAAGCUGCCUACCUGGGUCAAGGAAGGCACCCAAAGCUUCGUUCUUGAUUGCGAGACGGUUGCUUGGGACAUGGUGGAAAAGAAGGUGUUGCCAUUCCAGCAGCUCAUGACGCGAAAGAGGAAAGAUGUCAAGGUCGAGGACGUAAAGGUCAAGGUCUGCGUAUUCGCUUUCGAUCUUCUCUACUUGAACGGCGAGGCUCUCGUGACCAAGUCCUUCCGUGAGCGUCGUCAACAUCUCAAUGAAGCCUUCAUACCUGUUGAAGGAGAGUUUGCACUCGCCAAGUUUGGCAACACCAACGAGUUGGAAGAGAUCCAAAUUCUUCUCGAAGACUCCGUUAAAGAAGGCUGCGAAGGCCUCAUGGUAAAGAUGCUGGACGGACCAGAGUCUUACUACGAGCCAUCGAAGCGCUCGCAGAACUGGCUCAAGGUCAAGAAAGAUUAUCUUGCCGGCGUGGGCGACUCUCUGGAUCUUGUUGUCCUGGGGGCCUAUUACGGCAAGGGUAAGCGCACAAGCUGGUAUGGCGCCUUCCUGCUCGCCUGCUACAAUCCCUCGACGGAGAAGUACGAGACUGUUUGCAACAUCGGUACCGGUUUCUCGGAAGCUAUUCUUGAGACUCUCCACAAGACGCUCUCCGAGAUUGUUAUCGACCGCCCUAAACCCUUCUAUACCCAUUCUACCGGCAACAAAGACCAGCCCGAUGUCUGGUUUGAGCCGCGCUAUGUCUGGGAAGUCAAGACGGCCGAUUUAACCCUGUCUCCACGAUACAGGGCUGCCGCAGAUGAGGUGUCUGGUGGCGGCAAAGGCGUCAGUCUGAGAUUCCCCCGAUUUAUCAAGGAGAGAGACGACAAGAAGCCUGACCAAGCAAGCUCAAGUCGCAUGAUUGCUGAGAUGUACCAGAGGCAGGAGAGUGUCAGCAAAAGCAAGGGCCCGAGUGCUGAUGAUGACUUUGAAUAUUGA